UCUUAACCUUCAUACAUGAUUUGUAUACAAACACAAACUGCAGAGGUGACUGAGUUGCUGAAAUCAAAACGCCAUGAAAUCAAGUAAAAACGUCGGCUAUAACGGACUAUGGGGUGAACUGCCACCGAGGGAACCUGAUAAACAAGAAAUCGUUCCUCCAGACGUGAUUGACAACAUUUGGAGACAAGUUAUGGAGGAGUCCAACAAUACGGAUUCCGACUAUACAACUCAAAGACAGCCCGAGUUUAUACAGUUACCUAUGGGAAACGUACAUGUGCUAAAUACCAUACACCUGAGGCAACAGCUCAGAGCAAUGGAAGAGGGAACUAUUAUAAAAAAUUUAACUGUGAUCGAAGAUGAAUCUCAAGAUGACAGUUUCAAAGAUUCGAGUGAUUGCACACUACCGAAUAAACAGUCCAGGAAAAAUUUUAAAAAUAAUGGUAACAUCAGCCACUUGAGACCUGCUACUGCACGAAGUAUAUUGAAUCAUGCGGUUAUAACUUUGUUGGCUCAUGUCGGAUUUGAAAAAGCAUGGAGUCACGCAAUUGAUACCUUAACAGACGUAGCUGAACAUUUUCUAGAGAGAAUAAGCCUAUUACUUAAAACAGCAUCAGAGGAAAAAAAUUAUGGUUUUCCUGAUGCAUUAGAGAAAGUUUUUGUGGAAGCAAACAUAGGUGGAAUUAUAGGUGUACACUCUUAUUACCAAGAUUAUGUGCUCAGACAUGAGAAAAAUGUAAGGAGAGAUGUGGAGAAAAAAAUGGAACAACAAAAAAAGCUCGAAUUUGAUUCCUGCAAUAUAAAAAUGGACACAGAUGAAGGACCCAGUAGUAUGCAUUUCGAUGAGCUUUCUCAAUUCAGCAAUGUUUAUAGGAAAGUGCCAACUUUGCAAUUACUCGACCCAGACAUGGGUUUUCCUCCAAGCUUGGAUGCUGGUUUCCAAAUGUUACACAGUCUAGAGCAAGACGAAUUAAAUAGUUUAGAAGUGGAGGAAGAGCAAGAUGCAAAUGCUAGUAGUUCACCAAUAACAUUGACGCAACAGAGAACAGAUUUCCAAUGAAUUUUGUGUGGAGAUGUAUCUUAUGAAGACUGAUACAUUUACUCACGAUACCUGGUGUUGAAAUGCUGCAAAAUGUAACAUAAUAAUAAAGUCAAGAUUUUUUUAUCUAAAAAAAUACUAUUAAUCGAGCUUUAAAUCGCUAAAAUAGAUAAUGUUGCAGUAAA